AUGUAUACUCGUGGACGUUCUAGGUCCCCACGAUCUCUGCCUCGGAGACACUCUAAGUCUUCACGAUCUCCACUUCGUAGACGUUCUAGGUCUCCACGAGCUUCACCUCGUAGACGUUCUAGGUCUCCACGAGCUUCACCUCGUAGACGAUCUAGAUCUUCACGAUCUCCACCUCGUAAACGCUCACGAUCUCCACCUCAUAGACGCUCACGAUCUCCACCUCGUAGACGUUCUAAAUCCCCACGAUCUUUGCCUCGUAGGCGUUCCAAAUCACCACGACCUUUGCCUCGUAGACGUUCAAGAUCUCCACAAUCUCUACCUCGCAGACGUUCUCGAUCGCGAACUCGCGUUGUGCGUUCGCCUGUGCGUUCACCUGUGCGUUCACCUGUUCGUUCACCUGUUCGUUCACCCGUUCGCUCCCCUCCUCAAAAGCGUUCAAGGUCACGUUCUCGCGCCUCUGAGGAGUCCUCCAAGGAUGACAAAUCAUCACAGGCUGUAGUAAAGCCUAAUUUCGAGCUAUCUGGCAAACUUGCCGCGGAGACCAACACGGUUAAUGGUGUUGUAUUGAAAUAUCAUGAGCCUUCUGAAGCAAGAAAACCAACAAAGAAAUGGAGAUUGUAUGUGUUUAAAGACACUGAACAGCUAGAUGUCCUUCAUGUUUAUCGCCAAAGUGCUUAUCUGCUAGGUCGUGAUAGGAAAGUAAGUGGUCCUCCCUUUUCAGAUUGUUUUCAAAUGAUACCCGACUACGUUUCACAUAUCUAUACCCUUAAUAAGGUUGCAGAUAUUCCAAUUGAUCACCCAUCCUGCUCCAGUCAACAUGCAGUUUUGCAAUUUCGACAAGUAGUUGUUACUGACGAAAAUACUGGAGAGAAGAAAGCUGAGGUCAAACCAUACAUAAUUGAUCUCGAAUCAACUAACCAUACAUUUGUAAAUAAAGCAGAAAUUCCGACCUCAAGAUAUGUGGAAUUACGUCCAUCAGAUGUGAUCAAAUUUGGUUUCAGCACUCGUGACUACGUUUUAAUUCACGAAGAAGAAGCAGAAUAUUCCACCAUAUAG